AUGUUCAUAACUCAUCUUUUUCUUGUGGGCCUUGUAAUUUUUUUAUCAAUUCUUUUCCUUUUAUUUUUACUUUUUCUUUCUUUUUCUUUUCUACCCUUUUUUUCUUUACUUUUCCUUUUCAUUUUACAUUCCUAUAUUUCUUUUACUUUUUUUUAUUUCCUUUUAUUUGAAUUCUUUUUUUUAUUUUGUUUCUUGUUUUUUUCUUUUCUUUUUCUUUCAUUUUUGUCUUUCUUUUUUCUUUCGUUUCUUUUUUCUUCUCCCUUUUUCUUUUCUUUUGUCAUUUUUCUAUUUUUUUUUUUUUCGCUUUUUCAUUUUCAUUUAUUUCUUGUUCUUUUUGGAAUUUUUCUCUCUCUCUCUCUCUCUCUCUCUCUCUCUCUCUCUCUCUAUCUAUCUAUCUAUCUAUCUAUAUAUGUUAUAGAAAUUAAACCCGGAGUUCUGCGCAUCGGUGUAUGCAGCCUGAGGAGAAUAACACUUUCGUUAAUCCAGACGCUUCUAUUGAAUCUAUACAACAUCCAAACGAAACGAAAAUGCAAGAACGCCCUUUUCAAAUCAGAAAAAGAGCUUCCUUUCACGAUGGCUGCCAAUGAAAACAAAGUCCGCACCAUGCUUCAAGACAGCUUGGAACAGGUUUUUGGCCAAGACAAAAAUAAUUACUCCACCAAACUCAGCAAUUGCUUCGAUUGCAUUUUUCAAAGCUCAAGCCCUCAGGACCUGUUAAAAUCCACUUUCGAUGCUUGCUAUAUAUGCCUGAGAGCUGUUCGCGAGUGGGGGGUUGAAAGCGAAAUCAUUGUCGGCACAGUACCCGUAGAAGGGAAAUAUGAAUACAUUCAACAUUGUGUCGGUAGCCGAGGCAAUGUCCUGAUUCUUAAAUGGGACAGUAGCCUUCUUUGUGACAACUUCAUAGACACAAUCACCAAACUUUCACAGGUUCUACGUGAUGAACGCCGCCAGCCAACCCCGACCGAGUUUCUCGCUUUUCAUGUCGCUUAUUACAAGCUAAGUUCCGGCGAAGCUGUUACCCUGAAGCCGUAUAUGUGUCUUGGCUCUCCAGGUUUCAGACCACACGCACAGACCUACAUGUCUCUCACUGAUCCAGGCGAUGGCCAUGUCUUGGGAACGACUAGAUUCAAUGAAUGGAUAAAAGGGGCCAUCAUCCACGUGGAACACUUGGAACGGCCACGUCACUUGCCCCGUGAAAAAAUUGAAUCAUAUCGAAUCCCAUCAUUACUCUCCUUCUCCAAGGUUAGACUGCAUGUUGGUCCGGCUGCUCCCACCACUUAUUUUGUAGGUCGUCGCAUGAAAGAUUCGGGCAAUUUUGAAGAAGACUUUUUGAAAGUCGUUCAUUUGACUUCAGCAUCUGCGUCGGCCGUUUUUUAUCAAGGUGGCGCCGAGUGUAAAGUGGCAAUGGAAGGUUUGACAACCAGUCAGGCUGUGCGUUAUAUGCGCGCCCUCCGAGAACACGUCCAUCGAAACAAGCACAGACAACUCUUGUCCGCCGCCUGGAAUCUCAAUCAAACAGUAAUCGAUGAUUACGAGCAAGACGUUACCGCCUCUCUGACCGAACGUAUCGAUAUUGCCAAACGGGCCAUUCAGAUUACGUCUAUCGGCGGUUUCGACAAAGUCACGUGGGACGGGGCCAGUGAUACCUAUCCUUCUAAGUGUAUUAUGUACCAGCUGACGUUUGAAGAAGCCCUGACUAUUGUACACGAAGCUCACGAACGGGGGCUGAUCACCUAUUUUUCAGCUGGUUUCAAAUUCGGCGAAAUCAAACACGCUGUUUGGGCCGGAGUAGAUGGUAUUGGUAUUGGUGGUGCGCAGGUUCUCCGUUACAUGGACAACGAAACGGGAAUGCACGGGCCCUACAUGGAGGAAAACAUACCUGAAAUUAUGAGACAAAGAGACAAUGCUGCGAGCUCUGUUCGGGGUAGAGGGGUCAAAUUACUUGCACGUUUGGAUACGAUGUUUGCAGAGGGGUCCAUAUCGAAAGAAGACAAUGAAACCCGUUCGAUGCUGUUCUCUGCUCUUCUGGACAAGGAUGAGGAUGAGAUCCUAAGACACCUUCACAAUGUUCCAAGAGUAAUAAACCUUUGUGAAGAGAACAGCUCACCCCUGAUGGGAAUGUGUUGUCGAUUGGUAAACGCCACCCAACCGCUUCUUAAAGACUACAGUUCCAACGAAACUGAAUGGUAUUCUUUUAAAUCUUAUUUGAAGAAGCUUUUGGACAAGGACGAUAAUAUUCUACUGGAGGAAGAGUAUGAUGGGGAACCAUGGCACACUUACCGCAAAAAAUACAAGAAAAAACUCCACGGAAAAUGUUUUCAUAGGGCAUCAUCUUUCACGCUUCCCUGUAAAGUGAUUGUCUAA